ACACAUCCCCUUCUCACUCUUUGUCAUCCCACCUCACUCACACACACACUCAGAGUUAAUGUUACGGCAGUUUUGGGUGGUUCCGGUGGUGGCAUUGGUGGCAGCAUUAUUGUGUGAAGCAGGAUGUGAAUAUGAAGGUAUCUUCAACUUUGGUGACUCAAAUUCUGACACCGGUGGUUUUUGGUCGGUUUUUCCUGAAGCUCCACCGCCUAAUGGCAUGACAUAUUUCAAACACCCUGUCGGUCGUGCUUCCGACGGCCGCCUCAUCAUCGACUUCGUAGCUGAAAGAAUAGGAAUUCCAUAUGUGAGCCCGUAUUUGAAGUCGAUCGGAUCAGAUUAUAGGCACGGGGCAAAUUUCGCUACGCUGGCCUCUACUGUUCGACUACCACAAACGUCGUUGUUCGUCUCUGGGCUCAGCCCUUUUGCAUUGCCCAUUCAAGUCAACCAAUUGAAACAUUUUAAAGCUCAAGUUGAAAAUCUUUACUCUGAAGGUUCUACCAAUCUUCCACCACCUGAUAUAUUUGGGAAAUCACUCUACACGUUUUACAUCGGUCAGAACGAUUUCACGUCCGAUUUAGCUAAAAAUGGCAUCACCGAGGUAAAAAAGACACUUCCUCAAGUCAUUUCAGGAAUCACCGACGCGAUCAAGGAUUUGCACGCGUUAGGAGGUCGUGCAUUUUUUGUCCUAAAUUUGGCACCCAUUGGAUGUUACCCUUCGUUUUUGGUUGAACUCCCUCAUGGCGACAAGGAUAUUGAUGAAUACGGUUGUUUGAUCUCGUACAAUAAUGCUGUAGUUGAAUACAACGAUAUGCUACAUGACGCCCUUAACCAAACGGGGCAUCAACUCUCAGAUGCCAAAGUCAUUUACGUUGAUUCUCAUAAAGCGUUGCUAGAGCUUUUUCAACAUCCCACAUCUCAUGGUUUGAAGUAUGGUACAGUAGCAUGCUGCGGAAAUGGAGGUGGUCGCUAUAAUUUUAAUCCGCAGGUAUUUUGUGGGAACGCCAAGUUUAUAGACGGUCAAAAUCUGACCGCAUUAGCUUGUGAUGAUCCCGAAAACUAUGUGAGUUGGGAUGGAGUCCAUACCACUGAGGCUGCAAACAAGAUCAUCGUCGAUGCCAUCUUUAGCGGUGACUUCACGGAUCCACCUUUCGAGAUCCAAUGCUCAUAGGUCAUUUUUGGCUAAUUUACAGGGUAAAUAAACCGAGUCAAUAAUAGUCAACGAGUAAUUCAGUAACUAAAUUUACAUUUUAAAAUAAGUAUUUUUUUUAGUAUGAGUCAAAUUGUGUCGGUUCAGGUGAGAUUGGGUGUAACAUUAGUACAAACACCAAGGGUUGUACAAAAUGUACUCCCCCUACCCGUCAAACGGGGGUUUAGAAAGUUGAAUAAUCCUUAAAAGAGUAUUUGAAAA